GUCAAUCCCAUCUUUUUUUUCUGCAGUUUGACCUGCGCUGAUCUCUCGACCGUCGUUGGGCUAGUCCUGCCAUAAUAUCAAGCUAACAUUCCCCACAUUCAAUCUCUCACACCUAGCUUCUCAGAUCUUAUAUACUUCUCUCCCUCUCAAUCUAGACGUUUUAGGCUAGGUUUCCUAUCGUCUUGUACGGUAACUUCUCAGAAUGGCGCCUGGCAUCGUAGAGCCAGCUGUGCCACAAGAAUCUUCUCAUUCCCUAUCUUCCCUCACCGGAGCUUACGAUGAUACCCUUCGCUUCUAUUUAAAUGGGACCAAGGUAGUUUUAGAUUCUGCUGACCCUGAAGUAACAUUGUUGGAGUACCUUCGAGGCAUUGGCCUCACGGGAACGAAGCUCGGAUGUGCUGAGGGAGGGUGCGGGGCUUGUACAGUUGUUAUCUCACAGUUUAACCCUACUACGAAACAGAUAUACCAUGCCUCGGUCAACGCUUGCCUCGCACCGCUGGUCAGUGUUGACGGCAAGCACGUAAUCACAGUUGAGGGGAUUGGAAACGUAAAGCGACCACAUCCAGCCCAGGAGCGGAUAGCCAAGGGCAAUGGCAGUCAGUGUGGUUUCUGUACUCCAGGCAUAGUCAUGAGUCUGUAUGCCCUCCUUCGGAACGAUUCCGAUCCGAGCCAACACGAUGUGGAGGAAGCUUUCGACGGAAAUCUGUGUCGAUGUACUGGGUACAGGCCAAUACUCGACGCGGCGCAAAGCUUCAGCAUCGAGAGAGUAUGUGGAAAGGCUAAAGCAAAUGGGGGAAGCGGAUGCUGCAAGGAUGGAGUGGAUAGUGGGGACGGAGAUUCUCAACCGAUCAAACGAUUCACUCCUCCUGGUUUCAUCGAUUAUAAGCCAGAUACUGAGCUAAUAUUCCCACCUGCUCUGCGGAAACACGAGUUCAAGCCAUUGGCCUUUGGGAAUAAGCGCAAGAGAUGGUAUAGGCCGGUUACACUCCAGCAGCUUCUCGAGAUCAAAAGCGUGUAUCAUUCUGCGAAGAUUAUAGGGGGAAGCACUGAGACGCAGAUUGAGACUAAGUUUAAGGGAAUGAACUACUCUGUAUCAGUCUUCGUGGGCGAUAUUUCGGAACUCCGGCAGUUCUCUUUCCAAGACGGUUACCUAGAAAUAGGUGGAAAUGUGGUACUAACCGACUUGGAGACGAUCUGCAAAGAUGCUAUAAAACACUACGGAGAAGUCCGUGGACAGCCCUUUGCCGCUAUCUUGAAGCAGAUUAGGUAUUUUGCCGGACGACAGAUCCGAAAUGUCGGAACCCCUGCAGGAAACCUUUCUACAGCUUCGCCUAUUUCCGAUCUAAAUCCCGUCUUCGUUGCUUCUAAUGCCACCCUUAUCGCCAAGUCUUUGGAUGAGGCUACCGAGAUUCCAAUAUCUGCCUUCUUCAAGGGCUACCGUACCACCGCCCUCCCUCCAGAUGCAAUCAUCGCCAGUAUACGGAUACCAGCAGCGAAAGAGAAGGGAGAGUACAUGCGCGCAUACAAGCAGGCCAAGCGGAAAGAUGACGAUAUCGCAAUCGUUAAUGCUGCGAUGCGAGUGACAGUAGAUGAAUCUCAGGUAGUCGAAAGUGUCGACCUCGUUUAUGGAGGCAUGGGACCCAUCACGAUUGCUGCGAAGAAUGCUAUGGUAUUCCUCCGGGGAAAGAAGAUCUCGGAACUGAAGACUCUUGAAGGUGUCAUGAGUGCUUUAGAAGAGGACUUUGACUUGAGAUUUGGGGUUCCUGGUGGGAUGGCUACCUACCGGAAGUCUCUCGCCCUUAGCUUCUUCUAUAAGUUCUAUCACGAAGUCCUUAUUCAAUUAAACACCGAAGAAGCUCAGGUCGAUGCUCAGGCUAUUGGGGAAAUUAAUAGAGAUAUUUCAUUCGGGCUGAAAGACCACAAGGCCGCGGAAGCCUACACUCAGAAGAUCUUAGGCUCUGAACGACCUCACGUUGCAGCUAUGAAACAAUGCACAGGAGAAGCGCAGUAUACGGAUGAUAUCCCGUUACAGAAGAAUGAGCUCUAUGGAUGCCUCGUAUUAUCAACAAAAGCGCAUGCCAAACUCAUCAGCGUCAAUCCUGAACCAUCCCUUGAUCUCUCAGGCGUGGUGACGUGGGUUGACCACCACGACUUGGCUUCCCCCGAAGCUAACUGGUGGGGAGCACCUUCCUGUGAUGAGGUUUUCUUUGCUGUCGACGAAGUCUGUACUGCAGGUCAGCCAAUUGGCAUGAUCCUUGCGGACACUGCGAAGCGAGCCGAAAUGGCCGCUAGAUCUGUUGAGAUUGAGUAUGAGGAUCUUCCAGCAAUCUUCACGAUUGAAGAAGCCAUUGAGAAGGAGAGCUAUUUCAGCCACUUCCGGUAUAUAAAGAAGGGGGAUGUUGAGAAGGCCUUUGCCGAAGCCGAUCACGUCUUCACCGGUAUUGCGCGCAUGGGGGGUCAGGAGCACUUCUAUCUCGAAACACAAGCAUGCCUGGCGGUUCCGAAGCUGGAAGACGGAGAAAUGGAGAUCUUUAGCAGCACACAGAAUCCUGCCGAAACUCAAGCCUACGUGUCUAAGGUCACUGGAGUACCCGCAAACAAGAUUGUCUCUCGAGUCAAGCGGAUGGGAGGCGGGUUUGGCGGGAAAGAGACCCGGUCAAUUCAACUUGCUGGUAUUGUCGCGACAGCAGCGAAGAAGGUCCGACGGCCUGUACGGUGCAUGUUGAACAGAGAUGAAGACAUUAUGACUUCUGGUCAACGCCACCCAUUCCUCGCAAGAUGGAAAGUUGCUGUAAACAAGGACGGCAAGCUCCAGGCUCUUGAUGCAGACGUCUUCUGCAAUGGCGGGUGGAGUCAGGAUCUCAGUGGAGCCGUGGUUGAGCGAGCAAUAACGCAUAUUGAUGGCGUGUAUUCUAUUCCCGCCAUCCAUGUGCGCGGGAGAGUAGCCAAGACUAAUACCGUCUCUAACACAGCUUUCAGAGGCUUUGGUGGCCCUCAAGGAAUGUUCAUUGCGGAAACUUACAUGUCAGAGAUAGCGGACCAUCUCAAGAUACCUGUUGAGAAACUCCGUGAAAUCAACAUGUAUACUCCCGAGACCAAUAUGAUUACCCACUUCAACCAAGAGCUUAAAGAUUGGUACGUUCCGUUGAUGUGGAAGCAAGUCCAAGAAGAAUCAAAUUAUGCCCAACGACGACAAGAUAUCGAAGAAUUCAAUAAAACACACAAAUGGAACAAGAGAGGCUUGGCAAUCAUCCCCACGAAGUUCGGCAUCUCCUUCACAGCGCUCUUCCUCAACCAAGCCGGCGCCCUAGUCCACAUCUACCACGACGGCUCCGUCCUCGUGGCACACGGCGGCACGGAAAUGGGCCAAGGGCUGCAUACCAAGAUGACUAUGAUUGCUGCUGAAGCACUCCAAGUCUCUCAAGACAACGUCCACAUUUCCGACACCGCAACCAACACGGUCGCAAAUUCAUCGUCAACGGCAGCAUCCGCAUCCUCCGACCUAAAUGGAUACGCCAUCUGGAAUGCAUGCCAGCAACUCAACGAGCGACUCCAACCUUAUCGUGAGAAGCUCGGCCCAAAUGCUACAAUGAAAGACAUUGCACACGCCGCCUACUUCGACCGCGUCAAUCUCUCAGCGCAAGGCUUCUACCGCACUCCCAACAUUGGGUACAUCUGGGGCGAAAAUACAGGGCAAAUGUUCUUCUACUUCACGCAAGGCGUCGCCGCCGCCGAAGUUGAAAUCGACACCUUAACUGGGGAUUGGACUUGUAGACGGGCCGACAUCAAAAUGGACGUUGGUCGGUCCAUCAACCCAGCCAUCGACUACGGACAAAUCGAAGGCGCGUUUGUGCAAGGGCAGGGCCUGUUUACGACAGAGGAGAUGUUGUGGCAUAGAGCUAGUGGACAGAUUUUCACAAGAGGACCUGGCGCGUAUAAGAUCCCCGGGUUUAGGGAUAUUCCGCAAGAGUUUAAUGUGACAUUGUUGAAGGAUGUGGAGUGGGAGAAUUUGAGGACGAUUCAGAGGAGUCGUGGUGUUGGCGAACCCCCCCUCUUCAUGGGAUCCUCCGUCUUCUUCGCCAUCCGUGAUGCGCUUAAAGCUGCACGCGCAGAGUUCGGCGAAUAUGAAAUUCUGCAUUUGCAGAGUCCGGCAACGCCAGAGAGGAUUAGGGUUAGUUGUGCGGAUCCGAUUCUCAAGCGCGCGUGGGUAGAGCCGAGGGAGGGGGAAAAGAGUUUUUUUGUAGCGAUAUAGAUUGAGACUGCAGGGAGGUGCUUUUAAGUCUAAGGGAUAUCAAGACUGAGUGAUAAGAUGAUGUAUGGUUGCGGAAGCACACACUAUCGUUUCGAUAUAAUGGUGGAUUUAUUUCCGCCACUUAUUGAUGGAAUUAUCAUUGUUUUCAUUUGCUCAUCGCCUCCCUGGAGCAUUUUGAAUAAAGAGCAGAUGCCGAAACAAAUAAGGGAU